UUCUAUUUUGGUCCGCAUCCGUCUCUUAAGUUGCACGUAAAACGGAUGUGGUGACAGCGUACAUCAGGAAAUAACUGUAAUCGUCUCAUCAACAUGGAGAUCUUGGGGCUAAUGUGUGUCCCUCUGUAUCUGAUCCUGGCUUUGGUGACAGCCGUACUAUUCUAUAUAUACGCAACAUGGACCUUCGAUUACUUCAAGACUCGGGGUAUCCCAGGACCACCACCUACUCCCUUCUCGGCCAUGCCACUGGUGUGAGCUUCUUCCACAAACUCAAAGACUGGAAACGGCAAUAUGGAGACGUUUUUGGGAUAUUUGUCGGAAGAAACCCAGCCUUAGUCAUAUCUGAUCUGGACAUUCUGAAGGAAGUGCUUGUCAAGAGCUUCAGCACCUUCAGGAACCGACUUAAAUUCCUACUAAUUCCGUCCCCACUCAGCCUGAGUGUGUUCUUCCUGGAAGAUGCUCCCUGGAAGAGGGUGAGAAGCAUUAUCUCCCCUACCUUCAGCAGCGGCAAACUGAGACACAUGUGUGCUGCCAUCAACCAAUGUGGUGCCACUCUAUCCAAAAACUUCUGUGCAGACAUGAAGAAAAAGGAAGGGGUGAAUAUGAAAGAAUAUUUUGGAGCUUACACCAUGGACGUGAUUACACAAACGGUCUUUGGUGUAAAGGUCGAUUCCCAAAAUGAUUUCAACAACCCUUUUGUCACUAACGCCAAAGCAAUAUUUACAUUACCAAAAGCAAGAAGAAUCUUGCCCGUCUUAGCAGGGUUGGUGCCUGGACUGGAACACAUCCUCUUAAAGCUGGGUUUAGGAGUAUUUCCGCAAAGAGUCCUUGAUUUUUUCCAAACAGCUGUCACAGAAAUUAUGAAACAGCGACAGAAUGACUCAAAGGAACAGCAAAAGAAGAGAAGCGAUUUCCUGCAACUCUUGAUGGAGGCUGAAAUAGAGGAUGAUGCUGAUGACGAUACUGACACAGCCAGUGGUCAGAUGUCAGACAAACAUACUGUCAGACGUCUCUCAGUGGAUGAAAUAGUUGGCCAAGGGAUUAUUUUCUUCAUUGCUGGAUACGACACAACUGCCUCGACACUGACCUUUGCGUCGUACUGUCUCGCCAUGAACCAAGAUGCACAGGAGAAGGCAUAUAAAGAAAUUCGAGAAGUGUUGGGAAAUGCGGUACCUGACUACGACAACAUAUGGAAACUGAAGUAUCUGGACAACGUCAUCACCGAGACGCUCCGACUCUACCCACCUGGUCCUGUGUUGACUCGCAGAGCUUCUGAGACAGUUCAAAUCAAAGACUAUACGAUCACUGAGGGACAAGUCGUCUUCAUCCCCAUUUUUGCAAUGCAAAGAGACCCUGAGCUCUUCCAGGAUCCAGAUUCCUUCAGACCAGAAAGACAUGAUGAAAAGAUCAAUCCUUUGACCUUCCUGUCUUUCGGAUACGGUCCAAGAAUGUGUGUUGGGAUGCGGCUAGCGCUGAUGGAGACUAAGAUUGCCCUGAUUCAUCUUCUGAGAACUAUAAAGUUGGAACCUAUGCCAGACACACAGGAAGUAAUGACGUUUAAGAUCUCCAACAUUCUUACGCCAGAAAAGGAAAUCCGAUUGAAAUUAUCUUCCAGAUGCUGAAGUGAGAAAACUAUUGGAUAACGAAAACAAUUAUCACUAUUGAGAGUUGUCUCUAUCAGGCGUUUCAGGAUCCUAUCCUUGUGGCUUUAAUAACUGUUAGCUCUUUUAUUUUUACUUUUGUCAACAUCAUAUGUUUGCUCAUGGGUUCUGAGACUUAAGGCUUAUGCCUUUACACUGUGUGUUGACUGAAAUACUGUUCAAAGUGUAAUACAACCAUUCAAUCAUCCA